CCCCACGCCGAGCGCACGUCGCGUUCGCGCUCGACUAAUACUCCGAGACUGUGAAACAAGUGACUAACGCUCACAUCUAAUAACAAAAAUCUGUGUACAAACAAACAAAACUUAAACCAAACAGUGCUUAUCACCUAUCACAAGUUUCUGUGAACGUUUUCUCCUAUAAACCGACAAGUGCAUUGAGUAAGUGUGGAGAAGGCUACAUUCCAAACCGGUGUCGUUCUUUAAUGGACGAGUGUACUACUCUGUGUGUGUUUUGUUGGUGAGGGAAGUGGCCACAGUGUUACCGCGCUCGAAGCUCCUGCGUUUGUAUUUUAUGGUCGGAACGUUCAGAAUGUAAUAGAGAGAAAACAAUAAGUGGUUUGUAAAAGGACAAUGGCUCGCGGAACACUGAGCGAGAACGAGCGCCAGUGCUUAGACGCUGGCGCAAAAAGUCAACCAGAGCGUCUGCAAGAGACGGAAAAAACCAAUGGCGACAGCAAACCCAACGGACUCAGAGUCCGCUUCCUUGACGAGGAAGGAAAGACGGAGAGGACGGUCAGCGCCGACGAGGUCGACUUCGCUGUGUCUCGCGUCAAAAAAAUACACAUCCUCAAAAACAGAAGCUCCAGUGAAACGAGUAUUCUACUCAGAAACGCUUCCCUGAUGAAGCGCCACUAUAGUACCGAGCGUCGCUUCAGCGACGGUCAAGGAGACAACAUAAACAACAACUCUAUGAGCGAAAACCUGAACGGCAGGUUGACGAUUCUAAAAGAGGACAGAGGAGAUAAGACUGAGAGCGAGACCGAAACCAAAGAUGCAAACAACCAGAGCUUUAAGAAGAACUGCAACGUGUACAGCGUUAACCAGGCAAAGACGCUGACGCCGGAGCGGAAGAAGUCGAUCCCGAUCACGAUGCCGCGCCUGAUCAGCCACAAGAUCCAAGAGAAUGGCCAGAGCAAGUCCAUCUUGCCGGGUGAAGUGAGCUUGGGAGACGGCAUCACAGGGAAGGACUUCACCGCCCGUGCGAUCGGGCGCUUGUCCCGGGGCCUGGGCAAACUUCUUCGGCGGACCAACAGCGUCCGUAUCAGCGAACCGGACCCCGUCUACAAAGUGGCGUAUCUCGGCAACGUCCUCACCGGCUGGGCUAGAGGUGAGAGCUGCAUAGAGAAGCCACUGGCAACGCUGUGGAGAAACUACCAGCAGUCGACAAAGCCUGACGUCGUCAUGAAGUUGUCAGUCACCAACUCCGGCCUCAAAGGGUUCACCAAAGAACACGGUCUCACCGAGUACUGGUCGCACCGCGUCACCUACUGCGCCAGCCCACCUCACUACCCCAAGCUCUUCUGCUGGGUCUACCGCCACGAGGGAAAGAAACUCAAGCACGAACUUAGAUGCCAUGCCGUUCUAUGCACCAAAGAAUCCAUAUCAAAGAAAAUCACAGAGGAACUACAGGUCAAACUGAAACAGGCCCUAGUCGAAUUCAAAAAGGACAGAAUCUCUAAACAAAACGCGAGGUUGAGUCUCGCCAACAGCAUAUAUGACAACCCCAGCAUGCCCAGAAGAAAAAUUCUACUGAGCGUAGGCGCAAUGAAUUACCGACCUCCACUUGAACGAUCUAAAUCGGCACCCAAACUUGGAGCUAUCGAAGAAUUGUGCUCUGAGGAAGACGAGGAGGAAGCUGAGAUGAACGCAACUCAGACCGUUUGCAACAACUGGACGAGCAAGGAGAGCAUUGACAAUUUCUUCGGUUCACAAACCCUCGACAGGCGACGACCAGAAAUGAAGUCACCACGGAAAAUGUCAUGCCCAGAGGGCGUCAUGAGCAGGACCCGGACGAGCUCAGAAGGACACGAGCCAGUAUCAGAUGAACUGAUCAAUCUUCUUGUCCAGAAGAGCGAGAAUUGUACUGAAAACGAAACUAGUCAUAUCGAAUCAGAGAACGUGGAGUCGAGGCUGCAGACGCUCGAAGCCAUCUCGGAAUCAAACGAGACUAAGACAGAUUCCGAAGGCGAGAGCAAGAGUCUGCAGCUGCUACCUCAAAGUAACUUCCUCGUCACGGAUAGCGACGACGGAUCCGUUUCUUCGGGCUGCGAGACCGCGAGCACGGUCACCUCCUCCGACACUGAGCCAUCCUCGCUUCCUUCCAACUUCCCCCACGAGGAAACUCUGAAAGAGCAUUCGGAGAGCGAGGAAGAAUGUGCACCGGUCUUUGGGCAAAACUUCGACCGUUCUACUAGAGGGAGUAUCAGGAGCUACACGAGCUCCAUUCACGCUAUGGGCAGUGAGAGUGAGUGUCCCAGCAUGACCUCUUCAGAGGAAGUAAAUCAUGUACCGAUUGGGGAGAAAAACUUUCGUCGACGGUCGACUUAUCCGCCUUUACGCGUAGAAUCCAUUCUGGACGGUUUUGACUCUAAAUUCGAGCCUCUCUUAGACAAUUUGACUGAUGUCGACAGUUUGCACUCGAGCACUGAGACGGAAGUGUUCAAGAAUGCUGGAGACAAUGACAGCGCUUGCAGUGAUGAGUCUGGGUACUCAGAAUUACUCGAUGGUAAAGAAAGUAUCAUCGGCAACACCAUUAUGGUUUAAAACUAGAUCUGAGAUCGUCAAAAGUGUAAUCAGAGCAAUGCACCUAGAAAAAAUAAUAAUUAUUGUAAUAGAUGUGUAACUAUAAUUUUUAGUUGUGUAAAUAACAGGGUACACGAUGUACUUUAUCCAGUUAAUGUAUUAUUACGUUUAGUUGUUUGUAUAUAUUGUAAUGUACGCUCACGUAAAUUUAAAGCGUUUUUUAGAGAUUUUAUCAGAGUUUCAUGUAUAUUUGUAGUUACUGCAUUAGAUCAAGAUCACGGCCAUUGUUUGUUGUUUUCUCGUCUGUAUUUAUUUAGCAGUUUGUAACACUCAUCAUCACACGGUCUGUAGGUACUUACACAUUCCAUUACUAUUCAGGCCUUCCUCAUGUUUCUGUAGAGAGGAAUAUUUUCGGUGGAAAUAAAAAACUGAAUUAUA